CCACCGUCAUCUAUGCUAUCAAGAAACACCACUGCCAGAGCUCAUUCUCAGACUGAACCAUCAGAACGACCCUACUAGUACAGAAGAAGAUCAUUAGCCUUCAGCCUUCAGGUGGAGAUUAUGAGAUCUGAGCAGCUGCUUUGGCUCUUGUUGGGGCUGCGAUCUGUUGUCUGCAAUGACUCAGAUCCUAUUGAAUGUCCACUGAUGAUCCAGCCUCCCAGAGUGGUGGUGAGACAUGGAGAUCCAGUAUCAGUGAACUGCACCAUUUCAGGAGAUCAUGAUGGAAUUGGCUGGGAGGCAUCAGAGGGAUCUGUUGACAGGGUAGAAGGCGUCCAGUUUGUCACCUGGGGUUUGGAGACCCUGACAGAGUGGGAUAUACGACCUAAAUGCUACGGAGACUUUCUGAUCGCUCCAAACACAUAUUCAGAGUGUGACAAAAGGCUCAAUAUUACAGUGUACAAGCCUCCAGACAGUGUCUCCAUCAGUGUUGUGAACCACACAGGCCCAAUGCUGGAGGGGAAACAAUACCAGCUGCAGUGUGAGGUCCAGAACAUCGCUCCUGUUCAGUACCUCACUGUGAAGUGGUACAAAGGAGAAACAUUAUAUAAAGAAACUGCCUAUGAUGAUCUCACUAAGACUCCAGUGAAUGUGUCCUCUACCUUCCUGAUCACACCCAUCAGUGCUGAUGAUGGAGCACAGUACAGCUGUGUGGCAGAGCUGGAACUGGGACCGGAAGGACCACAACCUUCUCCUGUAGUGAAAUCUGAUCCCCUCAGCAUCACUGUGCUCUGUGAGUCUCUCGAUCCACCAACAUUUGAGCUGGAGAGGGAGGAGGUGAAUGUAACCCAGGGAGAGGAGGUGAUUCUGGAGUGUCUGGCUGAGGGAAAUCCCACUCCUGAACUCACCUGGAACACGACUGCGGCUGAGAAUCCACAUGUGUCCACCAGAGGGCGACAGAGUAAUGCCACCAUCAGCGGAGCAACAUCAGCCAACGCUGGUGUCUACACCUGCUAUGCAACAAAUAACCUGGGCACGGCCUCCAAGACUGUCACCGUCACUGUGAAGGAAACGGAUACUGCAGAAAGCGGCUACAUCUGUAUUUUGAUUGUUUUGGCUGGGGCCAUGUUUAUACUGGUGAUGCUGGUCCUCUGGUAUAGAAAACGUAUGAACCGACCAUCAAGGCGAUAUAACAUCACAUCACUACGCACUGCUGGGAGGAGGGAUCAAGCAGACAUACCACUGGAGCCCUGAAAUGGUAAUGGGAGCAGCUCCUGCACCUAGACCACUGUGGAGCCCCACAGGUUUUUCAUGGAUUUACCAUUGCAGAUCAUGGAUGUUAUUGUCCACUAUUUCUGUGUGGAUUUUCCGUUAUAUUUGGAGUCAUUGUCCAGCGGGACAAUCUACCUACAGCCAAAGCUUCCUAGCAGAGACAACCUGAUUUUCUACAAGAAAUCCUGGUACAUUGUUAAAUUCAUUGUGACAUUGAUCUUAAAUAGUGCUCCUGGACCACUGGCAGCAAAAUAUCUCCAAAACAUCAAUGACCCACCUCUAUAUUUGACAGUAGGUAUGAGAUGCUUCUCCUUGUAUGCAUUCUUCUUUUGCCAUUCCAAUGUUCCUGAGUUUUGCCUGUUAGUUUUUCUUGUAUUUUUGUAAAUGUAUUAUUUUUCAUAUUCAUGUCUGGUUUUUCUGUUUAUAUUCAUAGUUCAUUGCACUCAUCCUCCCCUGUGAUUUCUUUGUUUUUAUGUAACUCUGAGCCCCAGUCACUUCCCUGUCUGCGCCAAUCACUAUUCGGGUGUUUUCUGUUUCCCACGAUUCCUUCUCAGUCUCGCUUUUCUUUCUUCCUGCCUUUUCUCCAUUCAUGUUUGUAGAUAGCAGUAAUCUAUGAAUAACAACUAACAUAGAUUUUGUACAGUACUAAUUAUAUUAAUAAACUCAUUUGUCUGUCUGGGGUAAUUUCUUUUGGGUAAUUAUAAUUUAAUCACAUAAACUAACAGAUUAACUUUAUUUCUAUUUUUACAACUGCUUUAUAGCUCCGCCUCCCUGUUCUACCUCAAAUUGCUUGCCUUAAUUCUGCGAAGUGUUUUUACCUGCUCUCCACUAUCACUAUGUUCCUUAACUCUGUGCAAUUGUCUACUCCCUAAUCCGGAGCCGUUUGUCUUACAUGUGUCUUCAUGAAUCCAAUCCACGUCUUUGUGCAUCCCUUGUUUCCCUUUCAUGUUUCUCACCUGAUGUAGAUUUGUUAGAUCAUCCUCACUCCCAUGCCCUGCCUAGUUUGUCUUAUCCCUGUGUAUUUAAACCCCAGUCUGAGUAUGCACACUUGUCAGAAUGUUGAUCAUAAUAUUAGAUCCAAAUCUUUGUCAGCCUAUUAUUCUUGAGAUUAUUGUGACACCCCUUUGCCUGAUUUCGAGUUUGACUUAACUUGACUUUGACUUGAUUUGUUUGUUUUUUUUCUUUCUUUCUUCUCGUUUGGAUUUUUGACCUUGGACUGUAGCCUUACUAUUCUUCUGCAACUCGAUUUGGCGCUGUGUGUUCUGAAUACCUGGCUUUGAUAUCAGACUGAAUAAAACUAAGAUUUUUGACA